GCCUCUGGCAUCCUGGAAGGAUGGCGGUGCUGCUCUGGGGUCUGCUGCUGCUCUGCCUGUCUGCUCUGCACCACCGCCCAUGGUGCCCUUUGGCAUAUGCCCUGGAGAUGGAUUUUACCCCUUCACUUCACCAGGACAGCUCUCAGGGGCACGAAGCGACUGGAACCUCAGGGCAGGACCUGCAGCCCACUGUCACCAGCGUUACUUUGCCUGCAGCUGUGUCAACCCUGUCGAACGCUGUAGUGUCAGACUCCACCAGUGACACCUGGGAGGACAUUCAUGGACCCACAUUACCACCCACCCCCACUACUACUACCACUACCACCACAGUGUGUAGAGACAAAUUCAUGAGCCCAGAGGGCGAGCCUGUGACUGGGACAGUGGGAAGUCAUGAACAAGUGCUGGAAGGACAAGAAGUGGAUUCCUCUGAAGAGGAGGAAAAUCAUGAAGAAAGCAACUGCAACAUAUCUCAGGAAAGAAUGAGGAAGCUAGCAGAUGGCUUGAUGAAAUUCACCGCUGAUCUCCUGCAAGAGGUCGAGUGGGAGAACAGCCAACCCAACAUGGUCCUCUCUCCCCUCAGCAUCACCCUGGCGCUGUCCCACCUGGCACUAGGAGCAGAAAACCAGACGGAGAAGCAUCUGCUGGAGGCGAUGCACCUGAAGUCAGUGCCCUGCCUCCACCACACACUAAGCAGCAUCCGCAGCGUGCUCACAGAGUCCAUGCUCAGCGUGGCUUCCCAGUUGUAUCUGCAGAAAGGACUUGAGGUUAAAGAGAAAUUUCUGGAGAACUCGGAGAGAUUCUACGGAGCGAAGCCUGUGACCCUGUCUGGAAACAAGGAGGAUGAUCUCAUAGCCAUAAACAAAUGGGUAAAGGAGGUGACAAAGGGGCAUAUCUCCUCCUUCCUGUCUCAGCUCCCCGAUAGCAUGGUGAUGCUCUUGCUCAACGCUGUCUACUUCCGAGGAUUUUGGAGGAACAAGUUUGAUGCCAGCCUGACAGGUCCAGAUAUGUUCCACCUUAAUGAUGAGUUCAUGGUCCCUGUGGAGAUGAUGAAAGCCCCGAAAUACUCCCUGAGUUGGUUUACACUGGACUCUCUGGAAAUGCAGGUGGCCAGGUUUCCCUUUAAGGGCAACAUGAGUUUUGUAGCCAUUGUCCCAAACCAGUUUGGGUGGAAUGUCUCGGAGGUGCUGCAGAACGUCAGCCAUGACAAGCUUCGUGGCCGCUUUCCCAAAGAGAAGCCCACCCUGGUGAAGAUGCCCAAAAUGCACGUAGAUUACAAGCUGGAGCUCAACGAAGUCCUCAGCAGACUAGGCCUCAAGGAGUUAUUUUCAGCCCCUGAUCUACGCAAGAUCACCGAUGAGCCUCUCCUGGUGUCAAGCAUCCAGCACCAGUCUACCUUGGAGCUGGCAGAGGAAGGGGUGGAGGCAUCAGCUGCCACCAGCAUUAUGCUGUCACGGUCACUGUCCACUUUUAGCCUUGACCGACCCUUUCUCUUCAUCAUCUUUGAGGAGACAAUGGGCAUCCCCCUCUUUGUGGGCAAAAUCCAGAACCCCAACCCCAGCGCUGCCCAGCAGAGGAAAGAGCCGGAAGACGUGUCUGAUGUGAAAUCUGGCCUCAAAGACUCCCCCCCCAAAUAAGGGACUCCUGGGACUGCUGCCUCUUGGACCCUCUGUACUAGCCAAGGGAGGCCUCUCCUGCUGGGGCUUCCUCUAAGGGCCUUCUCUGCUCCGGUCCUCGGAGGCAGCCCCUCCCUGGUUUCUUAUAGACCCCUCUAGCAGUCCCCUGUGCCAGCCCUGAGAAGCUCAGUCUGCUUAGAUUCACUUUCCAGAGGCCUCAGCGCUGAAGGGAGGCUUCCUCCUGCCUGGACUCUCGUCAGACACUGAGCCUUUGCCUCAGAGGACCACUCAUUUCGCAUCCCUGCGAGGAGGCCUCUCUGGGCCACCCCUACAGGGCUGACCCAGGGGGCUUGCCUCUCCUUGCCUUACUUCUGCCCGAGUGCCCGCUGCUGCGCAGGCCUGCCCCUCGGCACUGCUCUCGAGCAGCAGCCCUGCUACCCGCGAGGUCUAGUAUCAUUCUGACAACCUGGACAACAGAGAGGUCAAGGCUGCCUCUCCCCGAGCCCCCCACAUCCUCCUCUCGGGGCAGUCAGUAACAUCUGCACUUGCGAGACAAACAGCAGCUACGUCAGAUGGGUUAGCAGCAGUCUUCUCCCUGGGAGUGAGUCACAGCCACGUCCCCGCCUGAAGUUUCUUUAAGCAACCCUGCCCUGGCCCUGUCGGAUGGGGCCUUGGUGUGGGAAGGCAAGCAGGCAGGUGACUUUCCUUCUGUCCUCGCCACCAGCCUUCUGUCUGGAAAACGCUUCUGUGUCUGGGGACUUGGGCCACACUGGAUUUUUGAGGCAUCUUUUGUAAAGUGUUUUUUAGUAAUUUUAUGUUAGCAGACUAAUAAACAUGUGAAGCAGAA